AUGAAUAACGCAGCAUUGUUUGGAGGAGCCAUUGUGGCGCCCGUGCCAAAGACUUUUGUUGAUGCUAGUCAGUUUAGACAGAUUCCUGAUAAUCAAGAAGUUUUUGUUGACAUGAAUACACAACAGAGUCUGAUUUUCGAAUUAUUGGAGGAAGUGGACGCGCAUAAAAAUGAAAUUCCAAAAUUUCAUUUCCAACAACUGGCUGAAGAUAAUGAAGCCACAGAUGCAACUGUUAUAUCAAUUGAAAAACUCCAACCAGAAUCUGUUUCAUCAACAAUCUCAUCCGAAAGAACAGAAAUAUAUAUUCUUCAAGGCGAACAGAAAAUAGCCAAAUUCAACGAAGAGGGAGCAUGCAAUACAGUUGAGAUUUUUCUUGCUGUUGUUCGUUUAACUCAAGUAGCCACCGAUUUUGUCAUUUCUAUCAAUGCACCAGUCUCUUUAGCUCCAGGAAGUAGUGAGCAAAAGUCGAUCAAUCAAAGUAAUUCAGUAACAAACAUCGCUACAGUGAAACAGGAGAUCAAAGCGAUUGUAGAAGGAUUACAGAUCAAAGAUUGGGGUCUAUUUCAGUAA